AUGGCUCUCAACUGGACGCAAUCGGCCCAAUGGAUCUGGACUCCUGGCUACCACGAAGAAGACAACCAGCCAGGGCGAUACUUUCUCUUCCGCAAAAGAUUCCAUUGGCCGGGCACUGACAAUAUUAAGGAGUUGCCUGUGCAUGUCUCGGCAGACAGUCGCUAUAGGCUCUUCGUCAAUGGCCGGCGCGUGAGCUUCGGUCCAUGCAAGAGUUACAUGGAGCGAUGGCACUUUGAAACGGUGGAUAUUCUGCCUUAUCUGGUGAAGGGCGAGAAUGUUCUCAGUGCACGUGUUUUGCGAUAUUCUUCUAUAAUGGCUGGCUCUUCGUCGAUCCUCAGCACAGAAUUGCCCGGCUUUUUACUCCACUGCGAGAUCGAGUGGAAUUUUAUUCUGGGCCCUCCUUUUCUUUCAAACAACGAAAGAACGAAAGAAUCGUCACAGCUAACAGGUUGGGAAUCAUCCGAUUUCGAUGACUCUGCUUGGAAGGAUGCUGUACUACAAUUUCGACCUGUCAAGAUGCUUCCCAUUCAAAGUCCCUGGAAACUCGCUCCACGGCCGAUUCCAGAACUCCCUGAAGUGCACGGCCGGUUCAAUGGAGCCGUUAAAUGCCAGGGUACAGUGGCAAAGGAGCAGUGGACGAGCUUUCUGAAAGAAGAUCGCGUCAUAGAAAUCCCGUCCGGGCAGACUAUCACUGUUGACAUUGACUGCGAGUCAUUGACCACAGCAUUUGUUACUCUCCAGUGCAGUGGUGGGAAAGGGUCUACUGUCACGCUGUUAUACUCUGAAUGUUACGAGAAAGACCUUGGGGUCGAAACCGCUCCCUUCCCUAUGCCUCGAAGCAAAUCGAACCGGGCGGAUAUCAGUAAUGGUCGACUUUAUGGCAUGAAGGAUAUCUAUACUGUGGCCGAUGGCCAAGCCGAGCACACAUUUGAACCGUUUUGGUUCCGAGCAUUUCGAUACAUCCAAGUCCAGAUCACAACCACUGAGGAGCCUUUGAUAUUGAAAACUUUUACUUUUCGGGAAACCUUCUACCCUCUAGAUAUACUUACAGAUGUUCAUGCCGAUACUGAACUGGACGAGAUCUGGAAGAUAAGCCUGCGGACCUUGCAAAACUGUCGACACGAGACAUAUGAAGACUGUCCAUUCUACGAGCAAAACCAAUUUGCUUCGGAUUCCCGACUCCAGAUGCUCUUUUCCUAUCAGAUCUCAUCCGAUGAUAAACUUGCCCGGAAAACACUGCAAGAAUUCCAUGCAAGCCAGGGACCAGACGGGCUGAUCAAGGCACAAUUCCCAGCCGGGUUUCGCAGCAAACAGAUUCCUCAAUUCUCGCUAUAUUGGGUUGCGAUGGUCUACGAUCAUAUGCACUACUUUGCCGAUGUCUCCUUCGCAAGGCGAUAUCUUGCUACCGUGGACGGAAUUCUCAAUCACUUCGAUGAAAGAAUUACUAAUCUUGGGCUUGUCGGUCGCUUUGACGAAGACACCUGGCCGUUCAUUGACUGGGUGCCCGAGUGGUUUGUACCGGGCAAAAUCUUCGAAUCUUGCAUGCCACGUGCGUAUACAAGCACUGGGAUGGCUACCUUUAACAGUCUGCUCUACAUCGUGGCGCUGAUGCAAGCUGCCGAGGUCUGCAACUUUGUUGGAAGGAGAGAUACCGCCGUCGAGUAUAGUGCUCGAGCGGAUGAUCUCCGGAAAGCUGUUAAUAAACACUGCUUUGAGAAAGGGAUUUACACGGACGGCCCAUCCACACAGGAGUACAGUCAACACAGCCAAAUCUUCGCAAUUCUCUCAGAGGCGGUCACUGGAGAUGCCGCCCAGGAUCUCAUGCUGCGCGCAUUAGAAGAUAAAACACUGGCUCAAUGCUCUUAUUCUAUGCAGUUUUAUCUCUUCCGUGCAGUAGAGAAAGUCGAUCUUUACACCAAACUCUUCCCAUCUCUCAUGGCACCGUGGCGACAAAUGAUUGCAGACAAUCUGACGACAUGGGCUGAGCAUGCAAACAAUGCCCGAAGCGAUUGCCAUGGUUGGAGUGCAAGCCCGGUCCAUGAGAUCGUCACGCAAGUAUUCGGAGUAUCGCCAGCGCAGCCAGGUUUCAAGAGAGUUCGCAUCGCGCCUCGGAUGGAACUUCUUGAGACGGCUCAUGGCAAAUUCGUUACGCCUGCCGGGGAUGUCAGCAUAGCGUGGACCAAAGAAAACUUGGAGGUAAAGGUGUCUGCCGACCUAGAAGCUGAGAUUGUUAUUGGCGAGUCUGUGUCGGUACAGCGCUUUGAGGGUGGCAAGGAAGUUGUUUUCGCUAGGAAGUAG